AUGGAUACAAUUGCGAGUCUUACUACACAAGAACAAGUAGAACGCGAGCCUCUUAAAUAUCAGCUUAAAACUCCAAUCCAAAACUUAAGUGACAGGGAACAGCUGAAAUUUGUAAAAAAGGCUAAAGAGGACUGCUUGCACGUAUGUAAUGUAAUUGCCCCAGGUAACGGAGAGGAGCUCUUCGAGUCAAUGAUGUCUGUACAAAGAGAAUUAUUUGAUGGCGCAGUCCCCGAUGAUCUUGUGGUACUCAUGACUACUUAUAAGAACGAAAAGACCAGGAAUUUAAAGAAACAGAUUCUGAGCCUUUACGCUCAAAGAUACCCUAUGACCAAACUGAAGAAAAUUCACCAACCUUACGGAAGUCUCUCUACAUGGGAAAUAAAGCAAGCACGUUCUCAUGCUAAAAUGCACGGUCCUGGGACCAUCCCUGAAAUCAAGACGAAGUAUCACGUACGCCUUGAUAUGGGGAAGGUCGACCACUUUGUAGGAUUCAUUAAUAGACCGUACUUUUAUCAGGAUGUUUCAUAUGGUAAGAAGGUACUCACCCUACAUAAUGGUGACAGAAUUGAGAUGCCUAACGUUGUAAGGAUCCUGACAAGGUCUACAAUGAUUGAGCAAUACUUGGAGUAUUGCAAAGAGCAAUGUCACGAGCCACUUAGUAGUCACGAGCCACUUAGUUCUCUGUUUAAAAUAUUGGAGGUUCGAGAAGCGUCUAAGCGUAAAUCGCUCCAGGGAUUGGACAAUACGGCUGCAGAUGGUGCUGCGGGCUUUCAGACUAUUGAGACGCUGGUUGAAACUCUUGAGAAGGGAGGAAUGGAGAAACAUUGGUGUUUACGUAUUUGCCAAAACCUACGCGAUGCUAAACGCUAUCUCAAAACUGACUACCGUGUACACUAUCAACAGCAUUACUCUACUUGCGCUGACCACUGUAGAAAUUUUGCGCUUAGUGAUCCUGUUGAUCCCGAGCUCCAGCAUCCUUGUCCGCAUCAGCAUCAAUCGACUUGCGAGCAAUGCCAAGGGCUGAAGGAUGUUCUAAAGGAAGUGAGACUAGCGAUUGAAGGGUCAUCAUGGAAGCCUUACAGUUGCGAACAACGAGAAGAUGUCCUUUACGACUUUGACCGUGCGCAGUCAGACAUCUUGCUGUGGAAAGCGCACAUUGUACGCUCAAUAAAUCAGGAGGAGGCGAAACAAGAUGCACUGAGAUCAGAAGACCCACAGUCAGCCAUUCUGAUCAUGGACUGGGCCAUGAAGUUCCUCCAAAUAAAAUUUCGUGAGAAACAGUCUGAAUGGUUCGGCAAACGGGGGCUCAGCUGGCAUAUUUCCACCUUUAUAACUAAGAAUGUUGACUCUGGAAAAAUUGAGCUGCAUUCGUAUGCUCAUAUCUUCGACUCUUGCCAGCAAGACUGGUACGCAGUAUGCUCGAUCAUCGAAAACACACUUGAGGUUGUAAAGAAAGAACAUCCCCAGAUUACCCAAGUGAACCUAAGGAGUGACGAAGCAGGCUGUUACCACAAUAACUUUCUCUUAGCCGCCGCUAGAGAUGCCGGAAGACGAGUAGGCAUUGAAGUAGCACGGUAUGAUUUUUCCGAGCCGCAGUAUGGAAAAGAUAUCUGUGAUAGAAUCCUUUGUCCAAUGAAGUCAUCCAUCCGACGAUAUUGCAAUGAAGGACACGAUGUCGUUUCUGCGAAUGACAUGCGUGUAGCGCUUUCAGAACGUCCUGUUCAAGGUACAACUGCCUCCGUGUGCGCAAUGAAUGAGACUCAAAAGACACUCGAAGUACAUAAGAUAGAAGGUUUCAGCAAGUAUCACAAUUUCAAGUUUGAAGUGAAAGGAAUUAGAACAUGGAGAGCUUAUGGUGUUGGACUAGGCAAGUUUAUUCCUUACCUAGGGGUCAUAACUGAACCUCAAGGUCCUACUGGUCUCAUUGUGCAUGAUAACUUCUUUCCUCUCAAAGAAGUUCGAGUAUAUAAGAGAGAGACAAACAGUGAAAAUGAACAAUGCAACGUUAUUUUCUCUUGUGCUGAGCCCGGGUGCAACAUGGUUUUCAAGAAAUUCAGUGAACUCGAAAAUCACCUUGAUGUUGGUGAGCACAGCCAAGUUCGCGGAAACUCUGAUACGGUGUAUGACAAGCUCAGAAGAGACUGGGCGGAGAAAUUUCGUGCUGUUGAUAAGGACGAAGAAAUCAGAAGCGUGCCUGAAGCAGUUGUAGAGGAGCAUCACGAAAAGAAUAAAACUGGCCGCUCUCCCGAGUGCAGUGACUUGCAGACUGGAUGGGCUCUACACAAACCCCGAAACGAAGCUGUGCGUUUUCCUACCGAGGUUAAACAGUACCUAACAACGAAAUUUGAUCUUGGAGAAAGAACUGGCAUCAAGUCAGAUCCCGCAAAAGUGGCAGUAGAUAUGCGAACUGCAAGAAACCCAGACAGUUCUCGGAUGUUUGAGAGGAAACAUUGGCUCACAAAGGGUCAAGUACAGGGAUUUUUUUCGAGGCUAGCGGCCUCGCGAAGAAGCAAAGCACAUCGGGAAGCGCUCAAUGAAGACGUAGAGGCGGAACAGGAAGAGCAGGAAAGACGAGCCACCCUGGAAGAGGUAGCCACCCACCUUGAUCCUAAGCAUCCGAUCUGCUAUGAUUCAUACUGUUUAUGUGACCUUUCACACGAGAAGAAACUUGAAACAUUUAGCGUUGCUAUGCUCAAGGACAUGUUGAAAUACUUUGAAAUUCCUUUUAGUUCUCGCGAUAGAAAAAAAAUUCUUGUAGCGAACCUAUCGGAAUUUCUUGAAGGCUGUGACUGUAACCAGCCACGUUAA